GGAUGGUGCGCCCUGAGUGACGUCAGGAGCAGAGGCCGGAGCUGUCCAUCAGCACCAGAGGCCGCGGGCGGGCUCAGGGCAUGGGGCCGCGGCUCUGGGGCGGCUCGAGCCCCUGCUCCUGCUCCGUUCCGGUCCACGGACCCCGCUUGAGGCCCUGGACGCCGCAGGACCUCAGUGUCAGCCGGUGUAGGAGGUGGAGCGGCGCCGCCGUCGCCCAGGGACCGGUCCCUCCGGCCCAGCAGCCCCCUUCCCCGCACGGCGGACUUGCCCCGGACCCCAGUCCGUGGGAGUCUGUGGCUCCCCGCCACCCCGUCCUCUCCGGCCCCUGCACAGCCUCUUUCGCUCAGAAGCUCAGAUCGCCUCCUGUCCAGGUUGACCAGGGUGGGUGACACCCCUCUGGUCUCAGUACUAUGCCAGGCACUAUGGAGACACUGCGGUUCCAGCUGCUACCCCCUGAACCAGAUGAUGCCUUCUGGGGUGCACCCUGUGAACAGCCCCUGGAACGCAGAUACCAGGCACUGCCAGCUCUCGUCUGCAUCAUGUGCUGUUUGUUUGGAAUCGUCUACUGCUUUUUCGGUUACCGUUGCUUCAAGGCAGUGCUCUUCCUCACGGGGUUGCUGUUUGGCUCGGUGGUCAUCUUCCUGCUCUGCUACCGAGAGCGGGUGCUGGAGACGCAGCUGAGUGCCGGGGCAAGCGCAGGCAUCGCCCUGGGCAUCGGGCUGCUCUGCGGGCUGGUGGCCAUGCUGGUGCGCAGCGUGGGCCUCUUCCUGGUGGGGCUGCUGCUGGGGCUGCUGCUCGCCGCCGCCGCCCUGCUGGGCUCUGCACCCUACUACCAGCCGGGCUCCGUGUGGGGCCCGCUGGGGCUGCUGCUGGGGGGCGGCCUGCUCUGUGCCCUCCUGACGCUGCGGUGGCCUCGCCUACUCACCACCCUGGCCACUGCCGUGACGGGGGCGGCGCUCAUCGCCACCGCGGCGGACUACUUUGCUGAGCUGCUACUGCUGGGCCGUUACGUGGUGGAGCGACUGCGGGCUGCUGUGGUACCCCCCCUCUGCUGGCGGAGCUGGGCCCUGCUGGCGCUCUGGCCCCUGCUCAGCCUGAUGGGCGUGCUGGUGCAGUGGCGGGUGACCACCGAGAGGGACUCCCACACAGAAGUGGUCAUCAGCCGGCAGAGAAGACGUGUGCAGCUGAUGCGGAUUCGGCAGCAGGAAGAGCGCAAGGAAAAACGGAGGAAGAAGAGACCCCCUCGGGCUCCCCCCAGAGGGGCUCGGGCUCCUCCAAGGCCUGGACCCCCUGACCCUCCUUAUAGACGCAGGCCAGUGCCCAUUAAACGCUUCAAUGGAGAUGUCCUCUCUCCGAGCUACAUCCAGAGUUUCCGGGACCGGCAGACAGGGAGCUCCUUGAGCUCAUUCAUGGCCUCACCCACAGAUACAGACUAUGACUAUGGAUCCCAGGGGCCACUGACAGCCUGCUCAGGCCCUCCUGUGCGGGUGUAACUCUCUCCCUGCCUGUUCAUAGACUCUGUAGACACCAGCUCUGCCAGCUGUGGACACCUGCCAGGCCUUCGGCUGUCUCUCUCCUCUCCCUGGAGAGCACUGGCCUGGCCUCAAGAAGAGAGCAGCAGUCUCAGGCUAGGCUUGGCCUGAGGAGAAAGACCCCUCUCAAGUUGCCAAGGGGCCCCUAAGGAACUGGGGGUGUGAACCUCAUUGGGGUGUGCUCAGG